AUGGUCUCACCAAUCCCCACCCUCCUAACCACCCAAUUCCUCCUCUCCCACCUCCUCCAAUCCUCCCGUCUCCCCAAACGCUUCCUCCACAAAACCUCCAACGUAUCUCCCCGUCAAGAUCUCACCCAAUUCCCCACCAAAGAUCUCUCCCAAUCCACCAUCAACAUGUUAUUACGCUGGGACGCCGCACAACAAAAUGCUAUGGAUAAUUUUCCCAUUUUUGUUGCUGCGGUUCUAUUUGCUAGUUUUAAGGGGGUAUCUGAGGAUACGGUUGCUAGUGUAGGGUGGUGUUAUGUUGCGGCUAGGUUGGCGUAUUGGGUUAGUUAUGUGGUGGUUGAGAGGGUGAAGUGGAGUUUUGUUAGGAGUGCUUUUUGGUGGGUGGGGAAUGGGGUUUGUUUUUGGUUGUUGAGGGAGGGGGGGAGAGUUUGA